CCGUUCAAGAAGCGGCAUGAAUUGCUGUAUGUAUAAAAAGUUGAGCAGCUCGACUGGUUCGUUAUCAUUCGUUCGCCGCUUGCAAUCAGUGCAGUGUACGCAUUCCGACUCGUGAAACAAAAACAAUCAACAAAACCAUCCAAAAUGUUCAAGAUUGUCUUCGUUUUUGCCAUCGUGGCCACCGUCGUGCUGGCUGAACCCAAGGCCGAACCCAAAGCUGACCCCAAGCCAACGGUGUUCGCGUACAGUGCACCUGCGGUAGUGGCCCCGGUAGCUGCAGAGGUUCCGGUUGCCACCGUGUACGAGACGUCGUUCCAUGGAAAUCUGGCCCCAGUGGCCGCCUACUCGGCACCGGUUCUGACCGCCCCGUUGGCGUACUCGUACUCCUACUACGACCCACUCGUCGCAGCUCCCAUCCUGCUCCGGAAGUAAUUGGAGCAUGCGGGAUUAGCUGAACCAUUUUGUGCGGGUGACCUGUGUGGAAUUAAAUUAACGCUGUGAUUAUUGGCCUG